AUGCGGUGCUCAUUUGGAGAUAACGAAAAACUUCAAGUAGAACAUAUUGCAAGUGUAAUUUCUAGCCACCACCCUGCUGACAAAAUAACUGAAGAAUAUGGUAUAAACGAAAGUGAUAGGGUAGGAGAUGAAGACACCAGAAUUAAGGCGUUAUCAAGAUCUGUUGGUCCUAUGUUGGCAAGGCUUAUUCCGGAAACUGGCCCAUGGUACAAAAAUAAGCAUUUAAUCAAGUUGAAUGCAAUAUUAUGUGUGACAUGUCUAGCUGCGUCUACAGCUGGUUAUGACUUUUCUUUAAUUAAUGGGUUACAGGCAUUUCCUGAAUGGCAGUUAGAUUUGAUGAAAAAUCCAAAGUCUGAGUGGUUAGGAUUUAUUGUUAUCACGUUAGCUAUUGGGAGUAUAGUUGGUAAUAUCGUUGGUCCUCAGAUAUCAGAUAGGUGGGGUAGAAAAAAAGUAAUAUAUACUGGCUUGGUCAUGAUAAUUGGCGUUUCUUUAGGACAAGCUUUCUCUAAUAAUGAUGUUGCGUUUAUCGUUACCAGGGUCUUGAUAGGAUUCAGUGCUGCGCUCAUGAGUCAAACUGUUGUCUUGGUUUCUGAGUUAUCCUAUCCCACAUAUAGACCUUUCUUUUCAUGUUUCUACAUGACAAUGUACUAUGUUGGCUCCUUUCUUGGUGCAUGGGUAUCCUAUGGUUCCAGGAACUUAGGUGGCUGGUCGUGGAAGCUAGUUUGUCUAAUGCAGAUUUUAUUUCCUAUAUUAAUGGCUCCUGUUGUACUUUUUUAUUUACCAGAAUCUCCCCGUUGGUACGUAUCAAAGGAUAGAAUAGAUGAAGCAAGAGAAACCUUGAUAAAAUUCCAUGGAGGUGGAGACCCAAGAUAUCUUCCUAUGAUUAACUUCGAAUUAGAGGAGAUGAGCAAACAAAUUAAUUUGACAAGGGGCUUAUCUUUAGGGUGGUUAUCAAUGUUCAAAACUAAAGGAAAUCGCUGGAGGUCUUUAAUUACAAUUACUUUAGGUAUAUUUCAACAAUGGAACGGUGUUGGCGUUAUAUCGUACUACUUAGUCCAAGUUUUAACUUCAGUAGGCAUUACUGAUGUCACUAGUCAAACACUAAUCAAUGGUUUCUUGCAAUUUUGGAAUUUUCUUUGGGCAGCUUUUGCAUCGUUUCAAGUUGAUAGGUUUGGAAGAAGAGUUUUAUUCUUGUGGUCAACCAUAGGUAUGUUAUUAAGCUAUGUAAUUAUAACUGGCUUAAGUGCAGCAUAUGCAGAAUUAGGAAAUGAUCAAGCAGGGAUAGCUGUUGUUGUUUUCUUAUUCAUUUACUAUGCUCAUUACGAUAUUGCUUUUACACCGUUAGUUACUUGCUACCCUGUCGAAAUUUGGCCAUUCGUCUACAGAGCUAAAGGGAUUGCAAUGCAACAUGUUGCUAAUUAUGGCAGUUUGUUAUUUAAUCAGUUCGUUAAUCCAAUAGCCUUAGAGGCAAUUGCUUGGAAAUAUUAUUUUGUUUAUAUAGGAGUUUUAAUUGUCAUGUUCUUUGUUAUAUACUUCACCUAUCCUGAAACUAAAGGGUUCAGUCUAGAAGAAGUUAAUAUGAUAUUUGACUCCAAGGAUAAUAAUGAAGAUGAAUAA